AUGUGCCUGUCAUUGUGUGACAUGGGAUUCUUGCCAGCGGCCCCCACCCAGGGGAAGGUCAGAGCAGAGACUUGGUCCCCAGCGCAGAAGUGGCCAGGCCCCUCCGGCUCCCCCUCAACCAUUCUGCAGAAGGCGGGGCCCACCGGUCAUCUUGGGAUCUCCAGCAUCCACCCACCCCCCCUGCGGAUGGACAAGGGGAAGGGAGUGGGCAUCCCCCCCAUAGGGGCUGCCAUGGGGUGCACUCCAAGGCUCCUCUGCUCCAGGCUGCCAAGCUCCAUGCUCACCCGAGACCCCAGGACACAACGGCCACUUCGCUCUUUGUGUGGGUUCCUGGUGGGCGGGACCCGGCUCCAGAAGGACGGGAGUCCAGGUGCGACCUCCACAAAGAGCUAA